AAGUUAUAGCAGUUAUUAGUAAUAUAAGAUAAGGAUGCAGCAGAACGGUGAUUCGGAUUCGCAACCGUCGCAGGAACAGAAGCAACAACAGUCCCAACAACCGCCGCCAUCACAGCCGCAGUGUGUGGCAAUGCAGUAUCCGGCCGCAGCUAUGUUGAUGCAGUAUCAAAUGAUGCAACCGCCGCCACUUCCACCCCAGCACUACAUGCGUUAUCACCACCGCCAUGGCAACGCGCAGCAAGGAUCCGGCGGUGGCGGUGAGAACAAAACCGUCUGGGUUGGUGAUUUACAUCAUUUUAUGGACGAGAACUAUCUUCAUAUCUGCUUCGCUUCUACCGGCGAGAUUGCAUCGAUUAAGGUCAUUCGCAAUAAGCAGACUGGACAAUCAGAAGGCUAUGGAUUUGUGGAAUUUUUUUCACAUGCAACAGCAGAGAAGGUUCUUCAAGAUUAUAGUGGCAUUUUGAUGCCUAAUACGGACCAACCUUUCCGUCUGAACUGGGCAACUUUUAGUACGGGAGAGAAACGCUCAGAAAAUGGCCCUGAGCUUUCCAUCUUUGUAGGAGAUUUAGCUGCUGAUGUUACUGAUAGCCUAUUGCAUGAAACUUUUGCUAACAAAUAUCCUUCUGUUAAAGCUGCAAAAGUUGUAAUUGAUGCUAAUACUGGUCGAUCAAAAGGUUAUGGUUUUGUAAGGUUUGGGGAUGAUACUGAGAGGUCACAAGCCAUGAGUGAAAUGAACGGAGUAUAUUGUUCAAGCAGGCCUAUGCGCAUUGGUGCUGCUACUCCGAAGAAAUCCUCUGGGUAUCAGCAACAGUAUUCUUCUCAAGGUGGCUAUGCAUCAAAUGGUGCUUCAACUCAAUCUGAUGGAGAUUCUUCAAACAUGACCAUAUUUGUUGGAGGGCUUGACCCAAGUGCUUCUGAGGAAGAUCUCCGGCAACCUUUCUCUCAGUAUGGUGAAAUAGUCUCUGUUAAAAUACCUCUUGGAAAAGGAUGUGGGUUUGUACAAUUUGCCAACAGAAAUAAUGCUGAGGAGGCAUUGCAAAAGUUGAACGGGAUGGUAAUUGGCAAGCAAACGGUGCGACUUUCCUGGGGUCGCAAUCCGGCAAAUAAGCAGUUUAAAGCCGAUUAUGGUAACCAGUGGGGUGGAGCUUAUUAUGGAGGGCAAGUCUAUGAUGGUUAUGGAUACGGUUUGCCACCGCCCCAUGACCCGGGCAUGUAUGCUGCUGCAGCGGCUGCCAAUGGGGCAUAUCCGGUCUACAGCUUUCAUCAGCAUUCAGCAACAACUUGAAAUAACGACAUCAGGGGAAAGAGGUUGUAGCCCUUAGUUUGGCAUGAAUAUGGCUUCAGGCAAUGUUCGGAUGACU